AGCAUGCCAGACAUGGGCUAAAGUACACUUGCAUACAGAGAGGUAGUUGCUCUUAGCAACACUAGUAUUUACACACUAGCAUUGCUGCGAAUUAGCUUGCAAAAAUAACGGAAUACUUUUCCAGAAGUUAAAUAAAAUUUCAACUUACUCUCUCGAUUGUCUGGAGGCUCGGUCCUUAUGCAGGGGAGUAUUUUAGGAAAAAACAUCUAAUGGAACGUAUAAUUACAGGAGGGGGUCUGUUGUAGACCCAUGCAGUUCCUCAGCAUGGGUGACGGAGAGAGGUCUGUAGCGAUGGAGGAUUUCUGGGCCAUGGUCCUGGCAGGGCUGAAGGUGUGGGUCUGCCUCAUUGUGGCUCUUCUCAUGGUGCCCGCCAUGUUUGGCUUCUCCCUGGGCAUCUCUGAGACAUACAUGAAGAUCCUGGUCAAAAUCUUGGAGUGGGCCACGUUGAGGAUCCAGACAGUCAACAAAGCACAGCGGAUACUCAAAUCCUCCUCAUUCAAUAGCCUCGUCCAGAGGGAUGAUGGUUCUAUGGAGGAGGAGCUGAGGGGGUUAAGGCGCAGUCGCCCCAAACCACCAGUGGGGGGAGACUUCACCCUCAGCGACUGUUUCUACUUCUACAGACGAGGCAUCGAGGAUAUCGUGGAGGAUGAGGUGACCCAGCGGUUUUCGUCAGAGGAGCUGGUGUCGUGGAACCUGCUAACUCGGACCAACAUCGACUUCCAGUACAUCAGCCUCAAACUGACCAUGGUCUGGGGCCUGGGCGUGUUCAUACGCUACUGCAUCCUGACUCCGCUCAGGAUCAUGCUGGCGUCUAUAGGCCUGACCUGGCUGGUGAUAGGAACCACUGCUGUAGGAUUCCUCCCUAACUGGAGGCUCAAGUCCUGGCUGAGUGAGUGGGUCCAUGUGAUGUGCUACAGGAUCUGUGCUCGAGGCCUCUCCUGCACCAUCCACUACCACAACAAAGAAAACAGACCCAGAAAAGGAGGAAUCUGUGUGGCCAAUCACACCUCCCCGAUUGAUAUUGUCAUUCUCUGCAACGAUGGGUGUUACUCCAUGGUGGGCCAGUCACAUGGGGGUCUGAUGGGAGUGCUGCAGAGGGCCAUGGCGAGGUCCUGUCCUCACAUCUGGUUUGAGAGAGCUGAUAUGAAAGAUCGCCACCUAGUGACCAAAAGGUUGAGGGAUCACGUGAAUGACAAGACUAAGCUUCCUAUAUUGAUAUUUCCGGAAGGGACCUGUAUCAACAACACAUCUGUCAUGAUGUUCAAAAAGGGAAGUUUUGAAAUCGGAGGAACGAUAUACCCAGUAGCCAUAAAGUAUGACCCUCAGUUUGGGGAUGCGUUCUGGAACAGUGCCAAGUACAACAUGGUGAGCUACCUGCUCAGGAUGAUGACUAGUUGGGCUAUAGUCUGUAAUGUCUGGUACCUGCCAGCCAUGCACCAACAGGAAGGGGAGGAUGCUGUCCAGUUUGCCAACAGAGUCAAGUCUGUCAUCGCACAUCAGGGGGGACUAGUGGACCUGUCCUGGGACGGAGGCCUAAAGAGGGCUAAGGUGAAGGACACGUAUAGAGAGGAGCAGCAGAAGAAGUACAGCAGCAUGGUGGUGGGUAGCGAGGAGGACCGCAGCGGUAACGGUGACUACACCCUCCUCUAACAUAUGAAAAGGGCAGCUCGUUCUCUAGCAACCUACAUCGCGACCGCUGGAGACAGGAGUUUUACUUUGGCAGGGGUCGCGUCGCAUUUCGGUUUCUCCAAUGAUCACGCAGCGUUUAGCUUUCACAGUGUACAGAAGGUGGGCGUUGGCCCAUCCAAAAGCUCUUAUCUGGGAGUUUGGACAGGAGCUGGCCAUCACUGCCUGAAUACUGCACUGCUGACGACCACGGACUAGACUGUCAUCGUGUGAAUGAACCAUUUUAACCUCUCUAGGGUAUGUGGGACGGUAGCGUCCCACCUCGCCAACAGCCAGUGAAAUAGCAGAGCACCAAAUUCAAAACAUCAAAAAU